CACCACCUUUUUCUGCGAAGUUAUAUAACGAAAGUGGCAGUUAUUAAUGGCUGUUUCAAUACUUAUCAUUAUCAAUGGUGAUGGGUACUUGUUAGCUUGAAUGAAAUUUUGAAAAUCUGAGAAGAGAAGUCUUGAUAGUACUCUGAAUUCUGAAUAGGCAUGAAUUGGAAGAGUUCUGAUUAGACUUGAAUUGGAAGAGAUCUGAUUGGGCUUAAAUUCAAUCCAGUUUAUCCAUUUGAGAAUGGUUGAGGACAGGCUUGAAUUUGGGGAAGUUUUUAUUGUGGGGAUUUGAAUUUUGGGUGGGGAAUGUGAUUAUUUUUUGGGGUUUUCUGAGAACAGGGUUGGUGGUUGUUUAUGAUCAAAAUUUCAAGGAUUCAACUGCUUUGCAUUAGUAAUACAGAGCUUGGAGUAAUUGCGUAUGGUAUUUCACAAAAAAAAUAAGAUUUGGGUUGCCAGGCAUUCAUGAUGGUGGAUGGAGGAACCUAUAGUUGUAAGAAGACGGAUAAAACUCUUCAUGGCAUCUGCAAGGAUACAGGUCUAGACUGUUUGGACAUGUCUAACAUUCGUGCUAUUUCAAGAAGUCUUCACAUUAAGGCUUUACUCCUUUGGCUGAUCAUUGUUCCAACCUGUGUACUGGGAAUUUUCUUCUAUGGCCAAAAAGUCUCCUCUUUCUUUCGCCCUCUUUGGGAUACUCCUCCAAAGUCCUUCAAUGUCAUUACUCAUUACUAUGCUGAAAAUGUGUCCAUGGAGCACCUCUGUGACAUUCAUGGGUGGAAGAUCAGGGACACCCCUCGCCGAGUUUUUGAUGCCAUAUUAUUCAGCAAUGAAGUAGAUAUGCUCACAAUCAGAUGGCAGGAGCUCAAUCCUGUUGUAACAAAGUUUGUGAUCCUUGAAUCCAAUACAACCUUCACAGGUCUACCAAAGCCCUUAAACUUUGCCAUCAACAGGAAACAGUACAAGUUUGCAGAACCCAAGCUGAAGUAUAGAAUUUAUGCUCCUAGUUUGCCCACUUCUCUUGGACAGAAUCCUUUUUAUGAGGAGGCAAUACAGAGAGUGGAAUUGGAUAAGCUCAUAAGAGAGGCAGGGAUUCUGGAAGAUGAUCUUCUGAUCAUGUCAGAUUUAGAUGAAAUUCCAAGUGCACACACAAUAAACAUUCUUAGGUGGUGUGACAACAUACCUCCUGUGUUGCACUUACAAUUAAGGGAAUACAUGUAUUCCUUUGAGUUCCCUAUGAGUUAUGACAGUUGGAGAGCACAAGUCCAUCUCUACAAACCAGGGAAAACUCGUUAUGGCCAUUUUCGCCAAGCAGAUGUACUCUUUUCAGAGGCAGGGUGGCAUUGCAGUUUCUGUUUUCGCCAUAUACGUGACUUUGUAUUUAAGAUGAAAGCUUAUAGCCAUGUAGAUAGAGUGAGAUUCUCUUAUUUUUUAGACCACGCAAGAUUACAGGACAUAAUCUGCAGGGGGGCAGAUCUUUUUGACAUGUUGCCAGAGGAAUAUACUUUUCAAAAGAUAAUUGCAAAGAUGGGUCCCAUACCUCACUUUCUCUCUGCUGUGCAUCUUCCAUCUUAUCUAAUUGACAAUGCUGACAAGUUCAGGUACCUUCUUCCAGGUGGUUGUGUUAGGGAAAACUGAAUAACCUUUUUCUAGUGUUUCCUAGCUAAUGCUAAGACUGAUAUAUUAACUGAUCCAACAUUCAGUUGUCAAAGAAAUUGAUAUGGAUUCCUUCUGUAAAAUGCAUCAUGAUCUUUAUUACAUUUUGAUCAUGCCUUAUUAAAGGCUGAGCAGUGUUUACCAAUAGCAUCCGAAACUACACAUGAACCAGUCUGAGGUUUAAUUGUUUUCUCUAAUAAAAUCCAGGUUAUAGGAUCAAUCGUCAUUUCUAAUUUUUUUCCUUGGGGUUUUAAGGAAACAUGAUCCUACUUUUCCAUCAGAUCAAAGAGUUCAAUUUUUCAUACACAAAAGCCUAGAUUAUAA